GGGGGCUAAUCAGUUGGUCCCGGUGACGUCAUUACGAUCGACGACGUAUUAUUUGUGAGACGAAGUUUCUUAGAAACACCAUUUGCAGACACAGAAGACAGUAUUUCUCAUAAAAGUUGCCAUUUAAUAUUUGAGACAGAGAGGCUGAGGAUGUCUGUAGCAGCUCUCCUUUUGAUCCACUGUAGAAGACUGAGCACAUCUGGGCCCCCUGGUGUGAACAAACUGCUCCAGUGGAAACAUUUAAGAAAAAUAGGUAAAAUAACUGGCGCAGUUAUUUUUGGGGGUUGUCUCUUUGUUACUUAUGAGGUAGUUGCCUUAGAUAAGGCUGUGACCAUCGACACCAGUGCAAUCCUUCAGGAGAAAUAUAAGUCAUAUAUUUAUCUCAGAGCCACUCCCUCUGCUGAAAAUGAGAAUAUAACUGCAGAGCUCACACAGAAAGCAAGGAGGGAACUUCACAGAGCAGCCAGAAGGUUUCUGGAAAUAUCCUCUAAGCUUUUCCUAAAGUCACUAGAUGAGCACUUCAGUCAUGUGGAUGCAGACCCACACGAGGUUGCGUUAUGGGUGCUGCUUAAGAGGACAUGGUCACCUAACAAAGCGGUCAGACUUCAGGCUGUCCAGGAGCUUGUAGAAAAUCCCCACUGGCAAGACUACCAGUAUCAGACAGCAGCUCAGGUAAUCGACCAGCGGACAGCAGUGGGCCUGGCCCGAACUCCUCAGGUAGACCUGCGAUUCUUCCGACCUCCACCUGCACUGCCUGAUUCAGAAGAUGGAUUGUCAGCAGAGGAUGGUCUACGGCAGCUCUUGGCAUCUCUGCCUCUGUCGGAGGUCGACAGAUGUGUGCAGUACUUCACCUCUCUGGCGCUCAGGGAGAGUAAUCAGUCUAUUGCAGCACAAAGGGGCGGCCUGUGGUGUUUCGGGGGUAAUGGCCUUCCUUAUGCCGAGAGCCUUACCUCUGUUCCUUCAGAAAAAGUGGAGUCCUUCUGUCUGCAAGCUCUGGUGCAGCACUCAAAGGUACAGAGUCACUGUGACCACAUAGUUGCAAAUGGAGGUCUGCAGAUUCUUCAGAGACUUCAUCAGCUCAGAAGAGAGUCCAUGAAGAUUCAGAGGAACAUUGUUCGUAUAAUAGGUAACCUGGCGUUAAAUGAAGGUACUCACCAGGCCAUAGUUCAGUCCGGUUGGGUUUCUGUCCUGGCAGAGAUGAUGCAGUCUCCUCAUGUGAUGCAGGCGUCUCAUGCGGCCCGUGCUCUGGCCAACCUGGACAGGGAGAUGGUGAGCGAGAAAUACCAAGAUGGCAUCUACAUCCUCCACCCACAAACACGUGGCAACCAACCAAUCAACGCAGAUGUGCUGUUCAUCCAUGGGAUUCUUGGAGCAGCUUUUAAAACAUGGAGGCAGAAGGACCGUUGCAUGUUAGAAGAAGAAAAGGAAGCUGAAAGUCAGGAUGACUACACAGAGUGCUGGCCAAAGUCAUGGCUGGCAGCUGACUGUCCAAACCUGAGAGUACUGUCAGUGGAGUAUGAUAGUCAUCUUAGUGACUGGAUGGCUAAGUGUCCUGCUGAGAAUCAAAGAAAGUCGUUGGCAUACAGAAGUCGAGAGCUGCUAAAUAAAUUAAAGGUUGCAGGAGUUGGAGAAAGACCUGUAGUCUGGGUAGCUCACAGUAUGGGAGGAUUGCUUGUGAAGAAAAUGCUGCUGGAUGCAGCUAAUGACCCAGAUCUGCAGGGUUUGUUAAAGAACACUAAGGGAAUUCUGUUCUAUAGUGUUCCUCAUCAUGGCACCUUUAUGGCGGAGUACUCUGUCAAUGUCCGAUAUCUCCUCUUUCCCUCUAUAGAAGUCAGGGAACUCUGUAAAGACUCGCCAGCUCUCCGCUGUCUAAAUGAAGGCUUCCUCAAUAUUGUCAAAGAGAAUGAAAUCAAGAUGCUGAGCUUUGCAGAGACCCGGCCUACCAACAUCGGUCCCAUGAUCAAGAUUCUUGUGGUACCAACACAGUCAGCGGACCUCGGCCUUGGGGAGCUUAUUGAGGUGGAUGUUGAUCACCUCAGCAUCUGCAAGCCAGAGAAGAAGGACUCGUUUCUGUACAGACGCAGCCUGCAGUUCAUCCAGGAAGCACUGCAGCAUUUCAUCAGCCACUGACUCAAAUGCAUAAGCACAAAAAACAAUGUUUCAACCUGUUAUGAACAUGAAACUGACCAUCACCCUCCACUCUUAAAUCAAACCUAAAACUACACCUUUCCUCCUUAUGGCACAUUAACAUGGACGACUACUGAUCACUAUGUGAGAAGUGAGCUGUCAUAACCAAAUAAGACAACUGAAACUUGUUUUAACCAUUGAUGUCUGUAGAAAAGUCUCAACUGUGAUGAAGAAAUUGGGAUGAUUUUUUAUGCAGGUAUUUCUUGUAAAUCAGACACACUUUGAAGGUUUUCAUUUUCACAGGACACCAUUACCAUGUUUACACAUAAGCUCAUACUUGCACAUAAAAUACAGCAAAUACUUUUUUAGUUCUUAUAAAACUCAGUAGUUUGGAUCAUAAUACUUUUUUUAAACUUUAUUUUUAUAUUUAUAAAUUGUACAAAUUCUGUGCCAAAAUGUGUUCCUUUCUGACCCUGACCUCAGAAAGCUUUGAAUUAAUAUCACAUCAGCUCACUUGAUUUAUUUUUAUGAGAAGAAUCAAGCUGUUAAAAAGUUAUCACAUUUCUGACCUAAAAACUGCUAUAAAUGCUGAUUGAUCACAAUAAAUUCAACAAACGAGUGAA